UCGCUCACGACUUCGAAACAACAACAGCACCGCUUUUUUUCCGAGUGCCUGAACUACGGAGCGUCAUGACGCUUUUUGUGUUGUUGGCGACUCUCGGAAUCUUGCAACUGGACUCGAGCGUUAAAGCCUCAAUCGACGCGGGCUUCGAACAUGUGCCGUGUGUUCGGACGGAAAACCAGUUAUACUGUCCGACUUCGGAAAAUCUCUAUCCUAAUAUCAACAUCACCGAUCAACCAACCGCCGGGCACAAGUUCUCAAAGAAUACGACUUGCAAAAGAGAGAAAAUCGAUGACUUCAUAGAUGAGAACAAAUCAAUGAUUCGGCGGAUGUUCGGAAAUAUGCUCGACCCCGGCAUUUUCCAUUAUGAGACUUUCGAUGGGCAAAAACUACACCAUUUAGGAAAAAGAUCGGCCGAGGCAGGUCAAUCCCCAAAGAAACUCGAUGCUUGCGAAUCGACGGUUGAGAUCGUCACCCCCUAUUGGGCUUCGAACAGCCAGGGUAAAAUCAGAGCCAUCGUCAACACUCAGCACCUUCAGCAGGCAAUACAGCAGGAGGUCUGUCAGAAUAGUCAGACUCGAAAAUGCAACAACGACUGCGGGUGUGAGCAGAAAUACAAAUGGCACCGACUGCUCGCCUACGAUCCCGACGAUGACUGCAAGGGCAUAUUCAUGGACUGGUUCUUGUUCCCGUCGUGUUGUGUGUGCCGCUGUCUCAACCCGAAUGCGAAACCCCCACGGAAAACGAGUUACUGA